CUAUCAAUAUUCAGGUCACUCCUCUCAGUCAGUCGUACUCCUAAGCUAUGGAGAUGAGGGUGUCACGUGCUGUUGUCCUGGCCAAGGCUGUACUGAUAUCACUGGUGUUUAUAUCGGCUACUCGCCCCGCUGAUGCCGCUGUGUCCAUGGAGUUUGUCGGUGAUCCAGAGCAUCCGGACACGUGUCUCAUCGAGGAGAAGGGGAUCCGCGUGAAGGACGGACACACCUGGGCCUUGCCGGGCUGCGUGGAGGCGCAGUGCUCGGGCUACGGCGAGGACAUGUACAUCGACUACUACUCAUGUCCCUCGAUGCAGGUCUCCCCGCCAUGCAAGAUUCUGCCGGCUCCAUCUCUGCCGUACCCGGCGUGCUGCGGGAAAGUCUUCUGUCCCUAGCAGCCCAGGGCCUGGCUCAGCGCUGCCCGGCGUCCCUGAGUGUCGCUGCCACACCGUCCCGGCGCCCGGCCCCGGCUCCUGCACGCCUUAGAAUUCUGUGUUGAUGAUUUUAUGAGAAAAUUUUGACAAGGGUAAAAACAUGAACAUUGGUAGGUUUUAGAUAAUAUUGAUUUGAUUCAUCUUUAUUGAUAUAUUUGUACACUGUCUAAAUGUACAUAUAAGAUCUCGGGUUUAACUGUUCUUAAAAAAAAUAUAU